UUGUCUUAAAAAUCUGUGCAUGCGCACAUUAUUUACAUCUUUGACAUCCGGCGAAGAAAAAUUUAGGCCUACGGUCCUACUGAUAACAGCAGUUUCUUUACCACGAAUUUAUUCCACGUGUAGAUCUACGCAGUGUAUGGGAAAUAGUUCAUCACAAGACAUGCCACCUCCGGUCACAGUAGCUGCUCAAGCUAGACACACGGCUACCUUGAUAUUUCUACAUGGCCUCGGAGAUACAGGUCAUGGCUGGGCAGACUGUUUCAGAAGCAUGAAACUUCAGCAUAUAAAAUGUGUAUGCCCUAAUGCGCCCAUUAACUCUGUCACAUUAAAUGCUGGAAUGAAAAUGCCAUCAUGGUUUGAUAUAAUUGGUUUGGGACCAGACAGUCCAGAAGAUGAAGAAGGUAUCAAGGCUUCCUCAGAAAUUUUACAAAAGUUAAUUGAGGAGGAAGAGAAGGCAGGUAUUUCAGUGAACCGGAUCAUGAUUGGUGGUUUCUCUCAGGGAGGGGCAGUGGCCCUACACAGGGCCUUGGCCACGGACCAGAAGCUGGCCGGGGUCGUGGGGCUGAGUACCUGGCUCCCCCUACACAGGAAGUUAGAUCAGGUCAAAAAGUCAGACCACAUUAAGGAGAUGGCCAUUUUCCAAGCUCAUGGCACGGAGGACCCCCUUGUUCCAUUUAGAUGGGGCGAGAUCACGUCCAAAGUCCUUGCCAGCAUGUGUGCAAAUUACUCCUUUCACAACUACCCAAUGGCUCACACCUCUUGUCCAGAGGAAUUGGCAGAUGUAAAGAAAUUCUUAGAAACAAAUUUACCCUGAUUUCUAGUCGGAUCUGUGUCCAUGCUUUUGUUGGGAUGACGUGUUGGUUGACUGAGAUGUAUUUAUAGCUCUAGGUGUGGUCAAGAGUGUGAACAAAAUAUCAUUACCUCAAGUGCUACAGAUUCCUGUGCAAUAAGUUGAUGACAGUUUGCUCAUGAGACUCACUGGUAGUGUCUGUGCAAGUGUUAAAAUUGUUUACCAUAACUUUGUUACUAACAAUUUUUUUUUCUCGUUAAGUAUAUCAAAUCCUCUUUUAUUAAAUAUAUUGCAAAAACUUCCCACCGUAAAGAAUUUAUAUACCGAUAGGAGUCACGUGAACAACCUCAUGUGUAAAUUUAUCAGCGAUACGUCAUAUGCACAACAAGUGAUGACUAUCGCUGAUGACGUUCUCUGCUUGUUCAUUGGUUCUUAAAAACUCUAUCAGCCAAAAAAUGGUUCUACUCAUUUCUGGACAUAGUUAUACCAUUGUAUUGCACUGAGUGUUAGUUUGGUAAGUGUAUUGAGGGUUGUACUAAAGAAUGUUCUUUUUAGAUAGACUGUAUCACAUAUUAUCAUGUACUUACUCAGUUGAAUGCCUUUUUACACGUGUGUAUCAAAGCCAAGUAGAGCAUGUUUCAAUUUUGUUGUAAUGCUGUUAUUUUCUGCACUAUAAACCUUUGAGAUGGUCUUCAUCAGGAAUCGAGAUGGAUGAGACUAAAGUGAGAUACAAUGUUAAUCAGACCCAACCAGAACACAAUGUACAUGUACUUACGUGCAGAUUUCAUUUUGCCUGCACUAGUAUUAGUUUUCUCUGUUUACAUGUUAUGGACUUUAAAGGAGCAAGAAUUUUUGUACAUUCACUCUAACCUGUAAAGGUGUUUUCCACUAAAUAUACGAAGCCAUUCCUUUCUCUUUACAAUUUAAGGUAUUUGUUUCAAACUGCUAAACACAUUAACCUGUUUUUCUCUGUAUAAGCAUUUGUCUCAUAUUGAAUGUUUGUUAAUCUAUCAUGUUCAUUGUGAAAUCAUAAAUUAAACAUACAUGUACAUGUAGUUACUGCUUCUCAGAUUUUCAAGGGGGUUUGUAAUGUUUCCUGUAUGUUUAAAAAAAAUUAAUAAAAUAAAAAAUUUAUGACCCAUAA